AUGAAACCCCGCAUUAAAAAUCACUUUCGUGCCCAUCAGUUGUCAAUUUGGAUGCGUCUGAUACCGGAAUUACAUCGCAGCGGCAUGGAAGAUGUCAUCGCCCGUCAUAAUCUCUUUCGUAACCAUGAUGAUAUGGAUUUGUAUGAGGGACCCGUUAAACCAGAUCCAUUUGCCUCCCAGCGUCUACUAUUGAUCGAUGAGGCCCUGAUGAAGAAGGGUCGCAGCAAUAAUACCGGUUAUGUGGCUGGUGUAUUGGGUGUGACCACCGUUGAGCCGAACAUGUACACAACCUGUAUCCCAGUUGGCGGUGGCAACUACACUGCCGGUGGGGUGUAUGCACCCACAACGAUGGCCAACGCCACUACCGAUACCCUGGCCUCCGGCUUCGAAUCGGCCGGCUAUGCUGCGUACUCCACAGCUUUAAGUGUCACCAUAGCGAUUGGCUGUAGUUUACUCAUCUUGAAUGUUUUAAUAUUUGCCGGAGUUUAUUAUCAGCGUGACAAGACGCGUUUGGAGGUGAAGACACUGCAAAAACAAUAUCAGCAACGCAGUAUGCAUCAACAGGUGCCAUCGUAUCCACCCGAUCCCAUAAAGCAUGCCCACUAUCACAUGGGACACUCGCAGAGUGCCAAUGUUAUUGUGGAUGUGGAAAAUCAUGGAGAUCAGGGUACGAUUCUACUGACAGCCAGCGAUGUUAAGCCACCGCCGCCACACAUGUGUUCGAAUACGGCCAUGCAAUUAUCACAACAGCAGCAACAGCAACAACAGCAGCAACAAAUGUCCAGUGGGCCUCCGGGCAUGAAUGCUGGUGGUGCAGGAGGUGGUGCUGGUAGCGGAGGCAUCAAUUCCAAUUUAUGCAGUGCCAAACAAGCAAUGGACAUUAACUCUGCUGGUGGCCUAAUGGGAUCGGGAAUUAUUAAUAAUGUUACCUACAGCACAACAAGCAAACAACAACAGCAACAACAGCAGCAACAACAACAACAAGCUCACCUUGCUGCCCAACGUGAACAUUUACAAAUCAAAGGCAUGAACUCCGGCCAGGUUAAUGUUGCUGGUAAUACAACCGGGGCCAUGACACUACAGACCGGCUCCACUCAAACCUUUGGACGCAAUCCCAGUGUCUCGGUAGCCAGUAGUAGCAGCAUGAAUACCGCCUCGAAUAUUUCAUACAAUCCCGGCAUGAUGACAUUGCCAAAAGCUGGCACUUUGCAUCAUGCCAGCUCAAUAAAUUAUGGACGCAAUCCUGGUGGUGGCAGUGGCGGAGGUGGUGGUAAUGGCACCAUGACACUGGCCAGCAGCAGUAUUAGUAAUGCUUUACUUGAUGGCCGUAGCAAUAUGUUGAUGACUAGUCAGGGGGGAGCGGGAGGUGAUUGCAUGACAUUACCAAGAAAUUUGUCCAUGUCAUCACGACACAAUCUAUCUUCAGGUGAGUAA